AGUCGCCCGGGAGCGCAUCGCUUAGAGUUGCUGACUUGGAAAUUGGCACCCCUAACUUGGUACGAUAGUGUGCGUGAGAAAUUCGGUGGUGGCGGCGUGGGACUUAGUAAGCCAGAUCUAAUCUAUACUGGGGUAGAGAGAUACAAACUACAAACACGUUCAUCGGGAAAAAUUAUCAUCGACCUUAAUUUGAUUUAUCGAAAUUUCGCUAAAUUUGGUGUAGAAUUUAAGUGAGCAGAAUUCUCAAAAUACAAAAUGAAGUUAAUACUCUUGCCAGCACAGUUCUUGCUGUUGCUACAAGUUACGAGUGCAGUGAAAAUUGGUAUAUCGAGAAUAAAUUUGGACAUAACUAGUACCACAACUACAACAACAACCACAGAAAUGCCACUAAGCGCCACAGAGCCCACAACGGUAAUUGAUUUGCUAGAGAGUACUGCAACAACCGAUAUUACGGAGCCAGAAACAGAGAGCACUACACCUACAACAACAACUACAACCUUUAAAUCAACGAAAACAACAACAAUAAAACCUAACUUUACGAUAUCCCUAUUUCCACCACGUCUACGAACUACAAAAUCACCAAAAAUUACCACAACAACUAUUGUUACAACAUCAACAAUACAACCUACUGUAGCAAGCACGAUUGCCACCAAUACAGUAGAGGAUACCCCCAAAGCUUCAAAUGUUAAAGCUCAUUCAAGUCCAGGCGUCUACUAUUGCAAAUGUGAUCUUCUGCUGGAUGCAUGCGAUAUCAAUUGUUGUUGUGACAGAGAUUGCUCACCGGAAGCAUUAAAUAUCUUUGAUUGUAAUGAUGCGCCAAUGCAGAAACAGUUUAGAAGUCGCUUGGAAGAAUUUCAAUAUCAACAUGGACUGCCGUCGUGCAAAGUAAACGAUGGUUGGCUGUGCGUGUUUCGGUCAAAUACGCGAAAGGAGCGACAGAAGUCUCCCGAAAUCGAUUUGAAUACAAACCAUUAUUACAAAUGGCCUACACUCAUUUGGGAUACCGUUGCCGAACAACACUCUGAAGGAAAUUUGAACGCUUACAGAUAUGGAGACCCACUGCAAUUUCUAAAUAUGAAAACAAUGACACUAAAACAAUUUGAUCUUCCAAAUACUUUUCAACCGCCACACUGUCAAAUAAUGGAAUCUGUCAAAUUUUUAAAACCAUACAAAGCCAACUGUUUAGCUGUCACAUUAGAAGAACUACAAUUAAGCGCACGAAAUAUAAUAAAUUUUAUACAAAAUAACAAAUUACUCUUAAAACCCAUCAGCGAGGCCAACGAACCGGGUUAUAUUACGAAUAUUUUAAGUAAUUUCAAGUUAAAAAUUUGUGAUGUAGAAAAGUGUGACAUAAUGCCACUAAAUAAUAGCACUGCUGUAGAACAGCGGCUGCAAUUCUUUUACCCCGCAGAGAUAAAAUUUAAGCUAUUACAUAACUACACACAACUGCUUGGUGGCUUGGUGGAGUUGAACGUUACAAACGGCACGCAAAAGGGACGAGAAUUAUGGCAAACAUACCACUUGGAAUAUAUUUACAAAAACUUAACGGUAAAAAAUCUCAAUAAGGAAUUAAACGAGACCGCUUUCGAAAAAACUGCAGUCAAACUCACCUCUGGCGCUUUGGGUUACACACAAGGCAAACCCAUAAUUAUAGCACGUUUUAUAGCAAACAAUGAAAGUGCAGCUUUGUCACAAUCUAAUCAAGUUUUAGAUUAUUUUCAUGUGAAUGCCACAAAAGCAACUGCAAAUCACACAUUUUCCUUAUUCACCACACAUCAAAGUCUGUGUAGACACGUUGCAGCGCCGGAAAAUCUCAUCAAUUAUGGCAUAAAUGUGCUGAAGCAGUGUAAGCUACGCUUUGGCAAUGAAAGUCUCACGAAAAUUCCACAAAAGGAACGCAAUUUCACUGAAAUGUGCCUGCAACUACAAACCCAAAUCAACGCACAAUUAUUUGUUGCUGUUGAUUUUGAAUUUGAUGAAAAAUUUCCGGACUUAUAUAUCUCUCAAUUGGGACGUCCAGCAAAUCGUAGCGACAAAUGGACGCCAUUAAAAGUAGAAAAUCAAAAUUUCGCGCCCAUAAGUGGUGAAUUUAAUGCGCAAACACAGAGUUUCAGUUGUCGCAAUAUGUUGUUAAAUAUUGCUUACGAGUUCCUAGUGGGUCAAUUCACCGAAGCGGGUGUGGCGCAACAGGCGUUGGUGAAGCAUGCCACAUUGUUGUUUGGCGAACGCAAUGAUUUGGAAUUCGAAUUGGAUGAAGUGAUCGAGGUGCCGCUCACGGUAUCCGUUAUGUUCUUUGAUUACUCUAAAGAUGUCUACAACUCUGGUGUUUUGCGAACUGAAGUCGGCAUCUUGUGGAUUAUUAUCUUAAUGAAUUUUAUAAUUUUAUAUACGAAUAAUUAACUAUUUAUAAAUUAACUGCUAAAUAUUGUAGUAUAUAGUUACUAGUAUUAUGAGUACGUAAUUAGUAUGCAAUGAGCAUAUAAAUAAUAAAUACAAGUGGAGAACGUA